AACAACAACACUCAGAGAACAGGAGAGAAGUCUCGCCCCUCCACUCUCAGUAGCAGCGGCAGUAGCAGCGAUAGCGGCGGCAGCAGCAUCACCGGCUCCGGUGGCAGAAAGGAGGAUGGUCCAGCAGAAAAGCAACCUAGGGUGCGAAUGACAGUGAUACGCUAAUGGCGUAUGAUUUCCGUUGGUUAACGAACGUGCAACUGGCAACCAAGUAUAUCGACCGUGGAAGGAUAACACUGAACCAUGUUGCUCUAAGUUGUGACCUGUGGUGAACGGGGGAGGAGGAAGAGGAGGAGGGAGGUGUAGGCAGGCAGGCAGAGGGGCAUCUGCCACAGCUCCCUUGAGGUGGCAUAUUGCAAGCUUGGGCCAUGGGCAACACAGCCACCAAGUUCCGCAAGGCCCUGGUGAGCGGCGACGAGGCCCUGGCCUGGCAGCUCUACGAGGGCAACCCUCAGUUCAGGGAGGGCCUCGACCCAAAUGCAUCGUACGGGGAGCAGUACCAGCACAACACAGCUCUGCACUACGUUUGCCGCCAUGCCAUGACACGUUUACUAAGGUCCUUCCUGUUCAGCAAAGAGGGGAACCCCAACAAGCGUAAUGUGCACAAUGAGACAUGCCUCCAUGUGUUGUGCCAAGGCCCGCAGAUCCUACUGCUGCCAGAGGGAGCGCUGUUUCCGCGACUGGCCCGACCUCAGAGAGAUGAGCAGCGCCGUGCAGACUGUCUCCAGAUGAUCUUAAGCUGGACUGGGGCCAGGCUGGAGAGAGGCCAGUAUGAGAAGGCCAACGUCAAUGCCACCGACAACCACAACAGCACCUGUCUGCACUACGCUGCUGCUGCAGGCAUGAAGAGCUGUGUGGAGCUGCUAAUCCAGAGUGAGGCGGACCUUUUUGUGGAGGAUGAGGAUAAGCUAACGCCAUGUGACCAUGCCGAGCGGCAUCACCACACUGAGCUGGCCCUCAGCCUGGAGUCGCAGAUGGUUUUUUCCUCCUCUUCAUCUCAGCAGUCAAACUCAGACCCACAUGGUGAAACCAACCUUCUGCAAUACAAGGAGCCAUAUGAAGGACUAAAGCUUCAGGACCUGCGCAGACUGAAGGACAUGCUGAUUGUGGAGACGGCAGAUAUGCUGCAAGCCCCGCUUUUCACUGCUGAGGCUCUGCUCCGAGCACAUGACUGGGACAGAGAAAAGCUUCUGGAGGCCUGGAUGUCAGACGCCGAGAAUUGCUGUCAGCGCUCAGGUGUGGCCAUGCCCACCCCACCACCCAGCGGCUACAAUGCCUGGGACACCCUACCCUCACCCCGCACUCCUAGGACCCCGCGUUCACCUCUGACACUCACUCUUACCUCUCCCACUGACAGCUGUCUCACUCCUGGAGAAGACAGCCUUGCUACGUGUGGUAUUUGUCUCUGCUCCAUCUCUGUCUUUGAGGACCCAGUGGACAUGUCCUGUGGCCAUGAGUUCUGCAGAGCCUGCUGGGAGGGGUUCCUCAAUGUCAAGAUUCAGGAGGGUGAAGCACACAAUAUUUUCUGCCCUGCGUAUGAGUGUUAUCAGUUGGUUCCUGUGCAUGUGAUAGAGAGUGUGGUUUCCAGAGAGAUGGACCAGCGCUACCUGCAAUUUGACAUCAAGGCUUUUGUGGAGAACAAUCCUGCCAUCCGCUGGUGUCCCGCAGCACGCUGUGAACGGGCAGUGCGGCUCACCCGGCCAGGCCCUGGAGACAGUGACCCACACGGCUUCCCCCUGCUGCCAUCCCCAGCCGUCGAUUGUGGCAAGGGCCACCUCUUCUGCUGGGAGUGCCUUGGCGAGGCCCAUGAGCCAUGUGACUGUCAUAUGUGGAGGAACUGGCUCCAGAAAGUCACAGAGAUGAAGCCGGAGGAGUUGGCAGGUGUGAGCGAGGCCUAUGAGGAUGCUGCUAACUGUCUGUGGCUGUUGACCAACUCCAAACCAUGUGCCAACUGCAAGUCUCCUAUUCAGAAGAAUGAGGGCUGCAAUCAUAUGCAGUGUGCCAAGUGCAAAUAUGAUUUCUGUUGGAUUUGUCUAGAGGAGUGGAAGAAGCACAGCUCAUCAACUGGAGGCUACUAUCGCUGUACUCGCUAUGAAGUCAUCCAACAGCUGGAGGAGCAGUCCAAGGAGAUGACUGUAGAGGCAGAAAAGAAGCACAAAAGUUUUCAGGAGCUAAAUCGUUUCAUGCACUAUUACACUCGCUUCAAGAACCAUGAGCAUAGUUAUAAGUUGGAGCAGAAGCUGCUGAAAACGGCUAAAGAGAAGAUGGAGCAGCUGAGCAAAGCUUUCAUCAGCCGUGAAGGGACUCCUCCAGACACACGGUUUAUUGAGGACGGUGUAUGUGAGCUGCUGAAGACGCGACGCGUGCUGAAGUGCUCUUACCCAUACGGCUUCUUCCUGCAGCAAGGCAGCACCCAGAAAGAGAUAUUUGAGCUCAUGCAGACUGAUCUGGAGAUGGUGGUGGAGGAUCUGGCACAGAAGGUGAACCGGCCAUAUCUGAGGACGCCGUGCCACAAGAUAAUCAGCGCUGCCCGGCUAGUGCAACAGAAGAGGCAGGAGUUCCUGGCGUCCGUGGCUCGUGGCGUGGCCCCCAACGAUUCUCCUGAGCUUCCCCGCAGAAACUACCCUGGAGGAUCAUGGGACUGGGAGUACCUUGGUUUUGCAACUCCUGAGAUGGGGAGUCGUCACUCUGUACUGGGACCUGAUCAAAGAGAGAGACCGUCACAGGAUUAUGCUGACAUUCAGUACCGCCGUAGACACAGGCCACGGCGCAGAGGAGAAAUGCUGAGUCUGCUCAACCUUAGAAGCAACAGCAACACACCAGAGACCAGCAGGAGGAGUGACAGCACAGAAGGUUCAGAGAGGAGCGAAGGCCGCAGGAGAGUGCUGGGCUCGCUGGAUGAAGAUGACCCAAACAUCCUUCUGGCCAUCCAGCUGUCACUCCAAGAUUCCCGCAGGGAGCGAGGCCUGGAGGGAGGGAAAGAGGGGAGAGCGGAGCUGGAGCGUGGACUGGACAGGGAGCCUGGUCCAGCAGGAGACCUUGGUGAGGUGGUGUUUCACUCCCUCAACGCAGAUGCUCCUCCAGGAGCCAGAGGCUCGUCCUUCCCCGCUUCUCUCCUGGAUCCUCCUCGCCCCCCUAACAGGACAGACUCCACCUCCCAGGCUCUCACCUCUAACCCACUCCCCCUCCCUCCCCCACCCCCCUCUCUCAGUGCAGAGCUGCUGGAGUUGGGAGAUAGCCUUAUGAACCUAGGUAACAUAACCACUCCAUACGACCUAAACCCGCACACCCAGGAACAACUGUGCUCACACUACACGUACUGCCACAGUCCUCUCACUGCUGACCCUGCGUACAGUGACCGCAGCCAUAGACAAGAUCAGAAUGCAGCAUUCGACCACAUCACCAUUAUAGAUCCUCAUUAUGACGGCAAAGAGCAGAGUUAUUGCCACUCUAGCAGUUAUUUGGUGGAAGAACACACUUCCUCCAGCAUACUAGAUCAUAUCCCAAACACCACACAAAGCCACACCCUUCCUUGUACUUAUGACCUGGAAAAUGCGGCCACAUAUGAUGGCAAUCAAAAACCAGACGGCUGCCCAGAACACAGGGGCUCUUACACUCAGGAGUGUCCCGCUGCCUACGCUCUUGAACGCCUUCCCAAAACAGACCCUCAGCCCCCUGCCCAGUUGUGCCUCCCGUCUACAGAGCUUGAGCCGGAUCUGCUGCUUUCACCGGUGAUCCCCCCAGGGGGCCCUUUAACACCCAGCGACCCACAAAGUCUGGACGCCCUUGACCCCACAGCCAGUGCCCAGCUGCUGGACAACAUCAUGGCCUGGUUCAACAACAACAUCAACCCACAGAACAACCCACAGAGCCUGGCCCUCAUCCCCUCCCCGCCCACCACAGAAACUGAGUCCUCCCCCGACACACACACCGAGACUGAGAGCCAGGCCUCCAGGGCCGUGACCCCCGCCCCGUUCUGGCAGCCCCUGGAGGGUGAGCCAGAUGUGGACACGGAAUCAGUAAGUCCCUGUUCAGGUGCUGCCGGCGUGGACGGCCCGAAGACACCGAGACCCAGCACUCUGGAGCUGGAAAACAGAGAGGCUGGCAAGGAGAGUGUGGAUGGAGGGUGUGUGGCAGACCUGUCGCUGGACGAAGCGCACACACACCCUUGCUCACAUUCCCAACAUGGGAACAGCCCCACACACACUGCCCUUGCCACAGAGACAGACUUAGACCUUGUUCCUCAGCUGGAGGUGGACCAAUCACCUGAGGAGUGGGAGGAGCAAGUACACCUGGUGUGAUGGAGUCAUAUUUUGUGAGAGAGAGAGAGAGAGAUGGAAGAGUGGAAAAAAUUGAAGCACUAAUGGAAACGUGUAAUGGUCAAUGACUCUUCAGUGAAAAACAAAGGUUUUAGUGGGUUCAGUGUUCACUGUAUGUAUUAUAUUGUAUGUAGAGAGGACAAACGCCUUGCAGACUGUCCAGUAAAGAUGAUGUCAUACUUAAGUUUAUUAUUUUUAUUUAAAGUGCUAUUCUUAAAAAAAAAAAGAAGAAAAAAAGAAACUAAUGAGUGUUCAUCAAUGGAAAGCUACUGAUAUCACCACCACAUAAAAUGCUGCACAUGUUUUUCUUAUUUUUCUAUUGUAUUUAAUUUAUUUUCCUGCCUCCUGUGUGUUUUGUUUUCUCUGUUUGUUUGGGGUGAAGUUUUGGUGCUGCUGAAAUCCAAACUUGCCUUGCAUACUCACACACGCACACACACUUGUACGCACGCACACACACACUGACCCAACCACGAGCUUUUGCAGAGCUCCAAGAGCCAAAUAUGAUAAGUGUAAGCUUGGAGCUUGUUAGCGUACUGUACAAUCAGAGGGCCUAAUUCAGAUUUUCGGACCUCCGUGCACACUGUGCCUGCUUUGAGAGAGCCAACACACACCUGAACUUUCCUUUUCUUUAGGCAAGGUUGUCUGAGUUUUGUGGUAAUUCCGUCUCAAUCUACAGAAGAUAAAUGGUUUUCUGCAAAGAGAUCAGCCUCUGCUACAGUAGGAAUUCAGUGUUUGGCUCAAAGGCACUUCAGCAUCACAGGUGCUUGUAUUCAGAGUGGAUUGGUCCCUUUUUUUGUUUGUUUUUAAACUGCUCACUGCACCAUCACUGCACCAUCCUGCUACUCGUUCAGAGUACAUCGGAAGGAUAUUUUACAUCUAAUAUGUUUCUGAAAUAUUUUGUUUAUGUUCACCAUGGCUCAGUUUUCACAACUGUUUUAAAUUAGCAGAAGACUUUAUGAAUUGAAUAAAAUGUUUACACACUUAAACAAUGAAAACAACUCUCUAUCCUGAGGCAACUGAAUAGCAUUACCUGGAAGGGAUUACGCUGAUCUUCAUCUGAGCUGAUGCAGGGCAACUACUGUAAAAGAAAAAUCAUUUUUAUACCUUUUGUUGUUCUGAUCAUAUCUAUUCAACCACUGAUGCUAGGACAAUGUGCAGUUGUUAAUGACUUGGAUAAAGUUGGGUUUUUAUUGUCAUUUGUCAAUUUUCUCAGUCUAGAGAUGAAUUUUUUCCUAUUUUUUAAUCAAUAGUUUUUGUUUGUAUUUAUUAGUUGCAUUACUUUUUAAAACCAGCUUAAUAAUUUUAGCAAUGAACGUUAAUGGAGAACAAACCACUCUGGCUGUUGCCAUAAUACACUGAGGCUCUUGAUGCACUUGUUUGUUCUUUCAGUCCAGGUUUAUCUUCACUCAGCUUCAUUGACACAGAAUACAGGUCCAUGUUUUACCUGAUCAAUCAGCCUCAUAGCAGUUCCCGAUCAAUUAUUCAUACGUUGUGUUUCUAUUUUUUUUAAUUAACAGCCACUUUAUCUGGAUGUUGCUCAAGUCUGGUCACCUUUUUGUUUUUGUUUUGAAAUGUGACUCGGACUCCUGAAGCGUAUCUGUAAUCAUUUACAGAAGAGUUGAUUGAGUGCUUGAUGCUUGUUUGAAGUGAACUACUGCAACGACACCUUUCCCCUCUAUGUGUUGAACCUUAGGCGAGUGUCUCAGGAUGACUUUGGCGUUGCAUGGUGUAAGAGUGGAAACACGGAGUCUGGGGUCUUUUUAUUUGCAUAAGCAUGCCGUUAAGAGCAUUGCACUUAUCCAGUGCUGUCAGGCCAGAUAGAGAAUUAUUAUUAUUAUUUUAAUCAUGUUUUUAUUUUAUUUUUUGUUUCACGGCGUCAGGGAAUGGUCCUGUGCCAUUUUGUACUCCAUAUAUAAUAUUUAUAUUUUAACUUACCCUCAAAACAGCUACAGCAGAAUUAAAAAAAUAAAAAUAAAAUUGCACUCUCAUUGAUAAUACUUGAUACAUUCCCAGUCGAUCCAUGAGAGAGGUUUGAUGUGUGGCCAAAACUGUAAAUGAAAGUGUCAGUGCAAAGUUUACUCUCAAUAAAAAGAACUGAAAGUGUUGCUACA